CACCUUGAAUAAAGAAGCUACAAAAGCAGCUACAGCCGCAGCAGAUUUUACAGCAAAGGUAUGGGACGCUGUCACUGGAGAUGAGGUCAUGAAGUUGGAGAAAAUUUAAUUUGUGAAAUCUGUGAACUUCACAGAGGACAGUACCUGUCUCCUGACUGGAGGCAAUGAUAAAGUGCUGCGCAUCUAUGAUCUCGGCAAACCAGAAGCAGAACCCCUGGAGAUUGCAGGCCACACCUCUGCCAUAAAGAAAGCUCUGUGGUGCAACAAUGACCAACAGAUUCUCUCAGCUGCUGAUGACAAAACUGUCAGACUUUGGGACAAGAACACAAAGGAGGCAGUGAAGACUCUGGCGUUUGAUGCUUCUGUCAGCAGCAUGGAGUACAUUCCUGAUGGGGAGAUCCUUGUCAUCACAUAUGGGAGAACCAUUGCUUUCUACAAUGCCAACAGUUUGGAUUUGAUAAAGGCUGUGGAUGCCCCUGCAUCUAUUCACUCUGCCUCACUGCAUCCUGAGAAAGACUUCUUUGUGGCUGGAGGAGAUGACUUCAAACUUUACAAAUAUGACUAUACAACCAAAGAGGAAAUGGAGUCAUAUAAGGGUCACUUUGGGCCCAUACACUGUGUGCGGUUUAGCCCUGAUGGAGAGCUGUAUGCCAGUGGCUCAGAGGACGGCACUCUGCGUCUGUGGCAGACUGCUGUAGGGAAAACAUACGGCCUGUGGAAAUGUGUCCUGCCUGAGGAGCUGUCAUCAGAGAACUCUGAAGUGCUGUACUGUCCUCCAGCUGAGAUCAAGGCCUGAGUUGGGCGAGAAAGAGGGAGACAAUGAGGCAAAGGAAGAGAGAUCACGGGAGAGGUCAGGGGACAGGAUGGGUCAAGAAAACCACACCCCAGCAAAGUGCUGUGCCACCACCCUUCUUCACAUGAGACGGACCGCACUGCCGAGCGUGGAAAUGAGCAUCAGGAGACGGCGGUAGAGCUGAGAGCGCUAGUUCAAAUGCUAAUCCUCCAGCUGCCUGCUCUUUCUUUGAUAGCCAUGAUACACCAGUCAGCUCUUUCAUAAGUGGUCGGUUUCUGCAGCACUGUGAUCACUUUGGUUAAGAUUGUUUUUGUUUUGUUUUUUUGUUUUGGUGUUACAACAUGUGCUUUCAGUACAUUUUGUUUGUUAAUGCAAGAGCUCAAUCUUCAGUUUGAUAACAUCUCUCAGCGGAAGUGCUCCUGAGGAAUGUGUUGUUCAAAUGUUUAUCAAUAGUAGUGUGAAUUUGGUGUAAAUGUUUUCCAUGACAGCCUGGGAAAUACAUAAACCUGUAAAGCUUAAAAGUGACUUAAGUUCUUUAAUAAUUUUGUCUUUGGUUGCAACGUAUGUUGUAUCAUUUGGCCAAUAAAAUUAUGACAUACCUUUAUCAAA